AAACAAUCGGCGAGGAUUCGAUUAAGCGGAUGUCAUGUAAUUAAAUUAAUAGAAUCGCUAAAAUUCCGCUUAAAUAUAUCUUACAAAAUCACUUUAUUUAUGAUUUCAAAUGAUGCUUCUUUCUGUGUGGACAAUUCUAGUUCUCUUGGCUCUAGCUUCUUUUCUAGGUAAUAUUUUUGCUGAACCUGAAAUUUGUAAUCCUAUUGAGUGCUUUGCUGAACUUAAUGCAAUUUUUCAAUCAAGUUUGGACAAGAAUUCAUGCCAGAAAAUCACGAAAAUACAGCACUGUGUUGAACUCUGUUUCUUAGAAGCAAUAUCAGAUACUCUUAAAAAAGGACUUGAAUUAAUUAGACUAGAAGUAUGUGAAGGAUUUGAUGGUGAAAAGCUUUCAAAUAAAUGUGUCAACAAGCAUAAAUUUCUACUUUUCUCAUGCUUGUAUAAGAGUUUGAAUUUGGAAGCAAAGAAUUCCUCUGUGGACCAAGAACAAGUAUUCUGCAGGAGAGGAAUAGAAGGGCAUUUUUGUGACCGGCAGAGUCUAGUUCCCUGUACACUGCAUACAAGUUAUAUCGCUGAAAAAAUUCUAGAUAAAUUAUUUCGACCAAUGAUUGAUGAUCAUUGUAAAUUUGUUUCUAAUGAAGUAUGGAACUUAGAGAUGAAACCAUCUGUCAAUUUUGUUGAUUAUGAAGAUUUAGCUGUAUGCCUGGAUAGAAAUAAUGAAGCUGUUACAUCUUGUUUACAAGGGAAAUGGAGCAUAAAAAAUGCAGUGUCUAGUUCAGCAACAAUUAAUAAACAAUGCAAGGCUUUUGAUUCAUUUACUACAUGUAUCCAUAAUAUGAUCCAUAAAAACUGUCAAAGUGAGGAGGCACUGUUUACAAACAUUGAACAGUCCUUGUAUCCACGUUUUUUCCCUCUCUGUUUUAAACAGAAAAGUGAAUUUCAAGAUGAUCAUAUCCAAAGCUUUUCAAAGAAUAAAAGGGUCCAAAUUUCAUCCUCAACUGAAACAACAGUUUCAGAUGACACUGUGUCAGAAGUUCCUAGAAAGGACCUUCUAAGAAAGGAAAACCAAUAUCCUACUUUGAGUGCUGAAAUUCCAAGUCCAAGUAACAAUGCUUCAGAAGUAGUAGUUGUUCAUCAACACAUUGUGAUCAGUGUUGUAGAGCACCAUCAUAGUGAUGGAUCAAGCGUGAUUAUGUCUUCAAGAAUUCUAACUUUUUUCGUGUUGGUUCUUGCUUUGAAAGCAAAAAACGUUUUUAUGAUUGAAAUACAUUAGACCCUCGUUUUACGUGGUUUUGAUUAUAAGCGGCUCAAGAUUUGACACAUUUAUUUUAUUUUACGUGAAUGAGUUUCGGUUUUACGCGGAUGCAGCAAUGCACACAGAUAAAAUUUUCUGCCUUUCAAAGUCCAAAAUCCUGAGAUUGCAGAUUACGCAUAAUAAACAGCAUUUUGGGGUGCUAAUAAUCAAGUUUGGACCACCAGAGAUGUUUUAUAAGAUUGGUCAUAUAAGCUUCCAGAGCUCUUUCCAGAAGUAAAGUUAUUAAACUCACGCAGUUCAGAACUCACUGCUGCAGAAGAGUUUUUAGGAGUGACAAAGGAUGGCAAAACCAACGAGGAUACCGACAUUGAUGAGACACAACCAAAAAUGUUCACGUUGAAAAUUUUGAGUCUUCCUUGACAAUAGCAAAUAAUUUUCCUGAUUUGUUAGUGGAGGAAGAUUUUAUCAUGGAUAUGACAUAAGUGGUCAUGGAUGCGUAAGUGCUUUGCAAAGUUUUACAGAGAAAAAUUCUUAAUGGCUCCCAAAAGACUAUCAUAACCCGCUCUUUUUUAUAAACACUAAAUUAGUUUGUGUGUCUAUAUAUCGAUAUAAGUACACAUUAAACUUAUUAUAAAAUUAGUUAUUACUAGAAUGAAAUAUUUUUUUUAAUCUACAGAACCUAACCCCUAUUUUAACACUGCUAUUAAGUCUUAAUUUACGCGGUUUUGAUUUACUUGGCAUUUCCGUGGAAUGUAACCCCCUUGUAAAACGAAGGAUCCACUGUAUUUCAGUUUCACAUUUAUUACAAUGGUUGAUAGCUUUAGUUUGAAAUGAUGAGUUUGUGUAACACUCUGUUCAGUACAUGUGAAAUUAGUUGUGAUUUUUAUAACAAAGAUCUUUAUUUUGAGGAUUAUAGGUUUGUGCCUUUGGGAAUCAGUUUAGUUCUUUUAUUCAUUUCUUAGAAUUGAUACAAAACAGACAUUAAAAUGCUGAAACUAUUUCAAAGCAAAUGAAUCAAUUUUUCAUAUCAGAAAAUAUUUUUGAAAUAUUGUAUCACGUAUUUUUAAAAGUCUGGUUCCGUAGUUCCACAGACUUUCAUAUUUCGGGUUAGAGGAUGAUUUUCCGAUAACAGCUAGAACUGGAUUAAAUGCUAAUCCACAAUUAACAAUUUAGAGUGGCCUCUAAAAUGUGAUAUUUAACCUAGUAAUUCUAUCUCAUUUUAGUCCUUUCGUUUUGCAUUUCUUAGCAUAUUUAGUGUUUUACGUUUUUAAAUAUCUGUUUCAUUAAUUCUUUGUUGUGAAAAAAAAAAAAGAAAAGAUAUUUUGUAGGUAGUUUAGAAAGAAAAAAAUUCUUUGGAAAUUUUUUUUUUUUUUUUAAUUUUAUUCGUUUUUUUGAAAACAAAUCAUUUUUAGGCAUAUCAGACAAAAAUGUGACAUGAAUGUUGUAUAAGUUAUUCAUGUUGUAAUGAUUUUUAAUUUACUAAACACAUUCCACCUUGUCAUGUUUUUGUGUAAUUCAGCUUUAAUAAUAAACUUGCCUAAAAAGAUUUUUUUUUUUUUGAGCACUGAAUCAAAUACCUGAUUUGCAGUUUAUCUGCUUGAGGUCUUCAUCAAGUGCACAGAUAUUUUUGCAUGAACAAAAUUAUUUUUGCAAAUGUAUUUCAUCAAGCCUCUUUAGAAAAUUGCAAGAUCUUAAAACAAAAAUUGAAUGCAAGCUAACCAGCUUACAUGGAAAUCCUUUUACUUUAAAGAUAAUUGAAAAAUUGUGAGGAAUUUUGAAAUUUACAGCCAACUCGUGAUAACUCAAAGCCUUAUAACUUGAAUAUUCCUUUAUCUCGAAUUUUUUGUUGUGUACCAAGCUCUUGAGAAGGCUGUGGGAGCUUUCCAUAACUCGGAAUUACCAAUAAUUUGAAGGUUUUCACCAGUCCCUUGAGACUUUAAGUUAUAUGAAUGGUUAAAAAGAGAUGGAAAGGGUGGUAAAACUGUGUAUUAAAUAUUUUAAACUGUCUUAAAAUUUCUGUUAUGCAUUUUUCAAGUUUGAAACUAACUUUAAAAAUUGUACUAACUUAUUUAGUUUCCCAUUUUUGUCUUAUAGUAAUAUCAAUUCUAAGUUAAAAUCAUAACAUUUCUUUUGGUCCUCCAAUGAUUUUUUAGUUUUUUCUUCUUCAAGAGUAUUUUACUGGUGAAGUUUUUCUUUUUUUUUCCCUCUGUGUGACCUGAAUAAUAUUUGAUGCCAUAUUUACAAUGGAGAUCUGAAAAUAUUUUCCGGACUGUUUAAGGUAACAACUAUACUAACUGUGAUAAAUACAUUUUCUAUGUUUCAUUUAUUUAACUGUAUUUUUGUGUGAAUGUCUGCACAUUUCCAUACUGUUAUUGUUAGAAAAGCACCAGAAUUAGUAGUUUGGAAAGUGCACUAUUGUAUCCUCUAUUUUACAUCUACUUUGUGGAAUUUUUUUUUUCUUAUUUUUAAAAUUUUAAGGUUCUAAGUGUAUGAUCAAUUUAAAGAAUUAAAAAUAUUCAAAUACAAUCAAACCCUGUUAACGCAAACUCGCUUAACAUAAAAUUUUGCUUAGCGCGAAGUAAAUGCCAAUCCCCGUCAGAUAAAGCUACAAAAUAGUGUUAAAUUGAUCGCUUAACGAGAAGAAGAUUUAGACGAAUUCCCACAUAAGACAAAGAAAGUUUUAAGGUUUUGAAAAAAAAAAAAAAAACGGGGAAGAAAAAAUUAAAACCAUAUCCUUCUACAUGAAAUUACUUUCGACAGUUGAAAGAUCUACACUUGAACGCAAGCGACAUGGAUGGCAGCGUGAAAAUUUCUCUCCUUGUUGUAGGUGAUCUUGUGUUGUGAAAAUCUUGUUGCUUCGAGGAAAAACAAACUUUAGCUGUAGACUAUGCUUACAGUAAAAAAAGCUUGGAUGUGAUAACUUACGAUGUUUAAACGAAAAGCCGAAGGGCUAAAUUUCGUAAGUCAGUCAACAAUGUUACAUGCUUAUACAAGCAGAGAUAAUAUCACACAGUGGAAGGUGCAGAAUCAAAUAUUAAUGUGAAGAAAUGAACAUUGGAAACUUGUUAAAAUCUUACCAAGAAUUUAUUGGUCAAUAGUAACUAAAAUAAAUAUAACUAACAAAAAUAAGUUCUUAAGAAUAAAACCCGGCCAUAAGUGGAGGCGGAGUUCGCAACUCCCCAACACCUAUCGGACCUAACUCACAAGAGGCUGACGAACACAAAAGAAAAGAGAGAGAACGAUUGGAAUCGUUCACUAUUUAUACUUGCCUCAUUUGCAUAUGAUUGGGCAUCAAAGGACGCCAACCUAAAACUGAAACUUUACACGAGCCGAAAGAGUUGAGAAGUUAAUCUAAUUUGAAUAAAGUUAAUUUUAUAUUACAUUACAUUAGGAAUGAGAACGCGGAUAAAUAUCGUUUACCGAUGUCUAUCAUAUCCCCCCUUCUCAUUCAGUAAUGUUAUUAAACUUUAAAUUUUUAUACAAUUUUAAUAGAUUCAAAAAUAACCCAAAAAAAUCCACAAAGGGCCAGGCUUAAUCUUUUACAAAAAUUUAACAAUUCAACAAUAAACAAAUAUGGAUAUAUAUCCAUCAUAAUACAUCAUCCAUCAGCAGCUGCAGCUCAAUACAUCACCGCUUAUUUGAUUGAAGUCCUUUCUCAAAAAAGUUCUUCUUGCCUAUUGAUGAUC